AUAAACAACAUUUACACAUUAAAACGUAUUUUCAUAACCUCUGUGCACAUUAUUUUUGAGGUAUCUGCGGCUACUUUUGCCGCUCUGCUGUUUGUAUUGUUCGCCGCUAAGGUGUAAAUGAUCUCAUAGUUGGCUUUUGCCGUAGUCACAAACAGUUUUACAGAAGAUGCCGGUUUUGGGUAUAGACAUCGGAGACGCGAAUGCUACUGUCGCUACCAUAGCGAAGGGUAGCAUUGACGUUGUCUUGAAUGAGGUUUCUCAGCGUUACACUCCGGUUUGUGCCAGUUUUACACAGAAGCGUCGUCUUUUUGGUGAUCAGGCUACUCCUCAGAUGAUUUCGAAUUAUCGUAAUUCUUGUCGAAGCAUGAUGAGUUUACUUGGUCGUACAAUUGGUACCAAUUCCGAACUUGACAUUGAUGAGUUGGAUGAUUUCUUUAGUACCAAUGGUUUAUCACUGUGUCCUAAUGGAUUUGUUGGUUACAAUUGUGCGAUGUCACCUGAGCCUUAUGAUGUUAUGAAGGUUCUUUCAGGUUACCUUGGUUUUUUGAAUAGCAUGGCUGAGAAGUACACCAAGGGUUUGUGUAAGCAGGUUGUGAUAUCGUGUCCUGGUUGGUACACAGAGAUGCAGAAAGAGGCUGUUAAGAUUGCUGCUACUGCAGCUGGUUUAACUUGUUUGAAUGUGAUUGACGAGUGCACUGCUAUGGCUCUUGACUAUGGUGUAUACCGUGUUAAGCAGCUUUCGGAUGACAAGCCUACUACUGUCGCUUUAGUUAUGAUUGGCCAUUCUCAUGCUUCUGCUGCUGUUUGUGAUUUUUAUCAGAGUCGUGUGGAGAUUCUUUCUCAUGUAUCUCGUCGUGAUUUGGGUGGUCGCAACUUGGACCGUAUUCUGAUGAACCACAUGGCCAAGAGUUUUGAGAAGUACGGUUGCAACCCGUUGGAGAGUCGCAAGGUUCGUAUGAAGCUGGAGGCUGUUGCGGUGAAGACAAAGCGCGUUUUAUCUGCUAACAUGGAGACUGGUUAUUCUGCUGAAUGUUUGAUGGAGGACAAUGACCUCAAUGGUAGCAUAACUCGUGAGGAGUUUGAAUCUUUAUGUAAGGAGGAGUUUUUACCAAAUCUUACCGAAAUGUUGAUGGACUGCGUCAAUCUUUGUGGCAAGACUGUUGAGGAGAUUAGUUGCGUUGAGAUUGCUGGUGGUGUAACUCGUGUACCUUGUGUUCAGCAGGCCAUCAGUUCUGUCUUUGGUUCUCAGCUAUCUCGUACAUUGAAUUCCGACGAGUGCAUAGCUCGUGGUUGUGUUUUGGAUGCUGCUAUGCGUAGCAUUAGUUACCGUGUUCGUAAGUACACUGUUGUUGAGCGUAUAUCUCGUCCUUUAACGUUGGCUUACAUUCCUGGAGGUGAUAUAUCCCAACUGGCUUCAGCCGAAAUUGUUGAGGUAUUGGGGUCUAACAGUUCCAAGGCCACUCCUAUUACUGCCAAGUUGAACGUUACUGUUCCUGCAGUUGUUGUUGCAUCUCUUGGCAACCCUCGCGAUCCUCAGGAUCCACAUUUUCUUGAGGCAAUUGAGAUUGUUAAGCAGUCAUCUCCCACUGAGGCUGAGGGUGUUAUAACUAUAUCAGCUGCUUUCGAUGAAAAUGGCAUUUUUGGAUUUACUGGUGUGGAGGGUCAUGAGUCCAGGGUGUUACAGAAGAACUCUUUAUUCGAUGUUGCUUCUUAUACUCAAUUUGAGUCUGACGCCGCUGCUCAAGACUCUAUUGAGAACGAGCGGCUGCACACUUUGAAUGACUUUGAGACAUUGAUAUACCAGUUGAAGGAGCGGAUUCAGGGUUCUCACCGUGAAUUUGUAUCACCAGACAAGGUUGGUGCAUUAGACCAGGAGCUGAACAAGUGGAGUGAUUGGUUCUAUGACAACUAUGAGGCUAGUUUGGAUACUUUGAAGGAGUCCCUUAGCACUGUUCAAUCUCACUGGGCGCCAAUAGAGCGUCUUUAUAAUGUUCACCGUGCUAAGGAGGAAGAGCUUGAGUCAUUUUUCGCUGGUCUGCGUGGUAAGUACGAGCUUUGUUGCCAGGACUCUCCAUUAUGGUACGGCGCUGCGGAAAGCGAGCGUCUUGAAUUUGCCAACCGUAUUCUUGCUUUUGAGAAGAAUGUCCGUCAACAGGUAGAGGAUGAAAAGCAGAUUUCUCGUUACGAGGAGCCUCUAUUCACGAUGCCUCAGUUACAUUCUGAGUUGCGCAAGAUAAUGUCUGACAUUGACGAAUUCUGUCGCCGUAUGCGCGUUCAAAGUGAACGUCGUAAGGAAGAGGAGCAGGCAGCGGCAGCAGCAGCCGCUAAGGCUGCUGAGCCUCAAGCCGAAGAUGUUGAGAUGGAAGCUCCUCAACCUGAGUCUGCUUCCACUGAGCCCCCUUCUGAGGAGCCUUCUGCGGAGGCGCCUCAAUAGA